CCCUCUCCCUUUUAAUCUCAGACCAUUACGCCUCUCUGCGGAAAAAGAAAACCGCGAGAUCCCUCGUUCUGAUCCCCCGCUUCCGCCUUCUGCGUGGGUCAGGUUUUCCUUUUUUACCUCGAUCCAAGAGGGAGAUGAGUUCCACAGCUUCUACCAAGGGAGGCAGGGGCAAGCCCAAGUCCUCAAAGUCCGUCUCUCGGUCCCAGAAGGCCGGCCUCCAGUUCCCCGUCGGCCGGAUCGCCCGCUUCCUCAAGGCUGGGAAAUACGCCGAGCGCGUUGGCGCCGGUGCCCCCGUCUACCUCUCCGCUGUCCUUGAGUACCUUGCGGCUGAGGUUCUGGAGUUGGCUGGGAAUGCUGCGAGGGACAACAAGAAGAGUAGAAUCGUUCCAAGGCAUAUACAGCUUGCAGUGAGGAAUGAUGAGGAGCUGAGCAAGCUUCUGGGGACUGUUACAAUUGCCAAUGGCGGUGUUUUGCCUAAUAUCCAUCAGACUCUGUUGCCUAAGAAAGCAGGGAAGGAGAAGGGAGAUCUUGGUUCUGCAUCGCAGGAGUUCUAGAGUUUUAAUAAUCUCAAAAUUUUUCAUGAAAGGAUCGGGGUAUUUUCCCUUGGGGGUUUUCGUGUCAGGGGUGUUGAUAACUUGAUGUAUGAACUGGGUUGACCGAUGUAAUUUUUUUUUUUUGGUAUUGAAUCAAACUAUACCCUUUGCUUUAUACAAAAAAAUUGCCAAGA